AUGUACAAUCUACUAUUUAAUGUGACAUCCUUCAUGGUUCCAAGGAUAACAAUCUAUGCUCAUCAUAUUAAAAACAUGAAAUUUGGGGGACGAUUGAAAGAUAUUGUCAUAAGAAGAUCUCGGCCAAAUUCGAUUGAAAUUACAAACGACAACGAAGCAAAACCUGGUUCAACGGUGAAUAUAAAUGUUACAACCGAUGAAGGAUCUUACGUUGGGCUUAUGGGACUGGAUCGGAGUUCUUUGAAGAACGUAAAUCAAAUGGAAACUUUAAAUGAGGAUUAUGUUAAAACGAUACUAAAAAGUGUCAAUUCUGAGCAGUCUUAUCCUACCCCGCUCUAUGGCGCUACAGGAGAUGUAAUUACUUUUUCAAAUGUCCUGUCAUCUGAUAAACAAAAUCCAUCACUUGGUGAACUCCCAAUUUUGCAGAUGCCAGAAGUGACUGCAAAAAUUUUACCCGAAAGUUGGUUGUUUAAAGAUUUUCAAAGGACUCCAGCAGGAGGAUUCACUUUUAAGGAAACUACUCCAGAUGCCGUAACGAAUUGGGCUAUAACAGGGUUCUCACUUCAUCCUGACACUGGAUUGACUUUUACAAAGAAUACAACAGAUAUUGAAGUUGUUCAACAAUUAUCUGUUUCAUUCGACUUACCAUGCUUUAUGAGAGAAGGUGAAAUUAUUGAAAUUCCAAUUUUUAUAAGGAACUAUAUGAACAAAGAUGUAAUAGUUAAUGUAACCAUUGAAAGUGAUAGUGAAGACCUUGGAAUUCUGAAACAUUCUGAAGAUAUUUCUACGCCUCAGAAAAAUAUCUCAAAACUUCUUCCUGGAAAGAAAAGUGAUGAAUUUCGAUAUUUCUUGAAACCAGUUAAAAGUGGACUAUAUAAUAUUUUGGUGAAGGCUAUCUCUUCUUCGGGAAGUGAUACCACUCUUAAGACCCUAAAUGUCAUACCUCGAGGUAUAUCUUAUACAAGGUCUAAGAGGUACUUGGUUCAUUUACUGGAAAAAAACAUCCAAGAGGACGAAAUUAAUAUUGAUAUUCCUGAAAAUUCUGUACCGGGGUCUCAAAUUAUUGGGGUCUCUGCAGUUGGUGACAUAUUUGGACAUUUAAUUGAGAAUCUUCAAAAGCUCUCUCAAGGUCCUUACAUGAAUACUGAAGACAAUAUGAAACUUAUUGUCGCUAAUUCAAUAGUUUUGAAAUAUCUAAAGACCCUAAAUUAUUUGAAUACAAACUUGGAAAGCAAAAUUCAGCUUAACCUUGAAUUGGGAUAUCAGAAUCAGUUAACUUUCAAAUACUCCGAUGGUUCUUUUGGUCUUUUUGAACAAAAAAUUGGAAAAACUGGUGACAUUUGGCAUACAGCAUUUGCACUGUGGGGUCUUAAAAAGGCGAAUGAGUUCAUUCAUAUAGACCCUAAGGUCAUAAAUGGAACUUUAAACUAUCUCAGGGUAAAACAACAAGCUAACGGGUGCUAUAAAUCCAAUAGUGGCUUAGAAGAAGAUGUCAAAUCAACAGCUUUUGUAUUGAUGGUUCUUUUAAUGGAUGAAACUUUAAAAACAGCUUACAAUGAAACGAUUACAAAAGGUCUAGAAUGUUUGUAUGAAUCUUCGAAGAAUUUGGAGCAUUCGGCGAGUUCUUUUAUGACAGCUUAUGUUUUGAUUUUGGGGAACCAUGAAAAGGCGGAGAAUGUGACCAAAAAGCUUACUUCCGGAACUCAUUUCUUGAGAAAACAAAUGACAUGGACUUCGACAAAUACCAUUGAAUCAUAUCUUGAAGUUUUUGCCAGUAGCUUCAUGAAUUUAAUCGAGUCUCAAGAAAUAUCAGAUCAAAGCUCUUUGAGAGUUCUUAGAGGUUUGAUUGAUUCAAAAACUAAAGAAUCAUCUAUUUAUCAUAUAAUAGCCCUGCAAGCAAUGGUUGGAUAUUUAAAAAAAUCUUCUUUGCUCAAAACUUAUCUCAAAAUACGUUUCAAAGAUGAUCACCAUAAUUCAGGAGAUUUUCGAAUAGAUGCUGAAAAUUUACAAGUUCUCCAAGGAUAUGAGGUAAAUUCCAUUGAUUUUUCAAUCUGCCCUAAUCAGAUUUUCAUUUUUUUAAGCUUGCUUCAAAUUCUCGAAAGGUAA